UUAAGGAUAAAAAGAGUAUAAAUUAUCCCUUUUACAUAUUAAGAAAAGUGCAUGAAUUGCUCAUCUGAUGUACGAACUAAAGAAGUAUAGUGGGGAGAAAACUCGAUCGAGCCCUAGCUAGACGACGUUACUUUCUCUCCUACACGAACGAACGAACGAAGCAAAAAGUAAAGAAAAGGGAGAAAAAAAUGGCAACGGAGGUGGAUGAUGAAUAUGUAGAGGAGGAGGAUGAAUAUGGUUAUUUGUCUGAUAAUUAUUCAACGGAUGAUGAGGAUGAUGAUAUGGAAUCUUUGAUUCAUUUUGAUCUAUUGAAAGUGCCUUUUGAGGGUUAUAAAGAUCUAUCCCCCGAAGAAAGAGUACGCUGGAUGACAAUACAUUUCAUUAUACAAAAAAAUCAUUGUAGUGAUUUUUUGUUUAAGCCAAGAAGAGGACAAAAAUCUAAAGUGGCAGAACAAGUCUCAAAAGUAGCAGAAGAAUCAAAAGUGGCAGAACAAGUUUCAAAAGUAGUAGAAGAAGGAUCAAAAGUAGAAGAAGAAUCAAAAGUGACAGAAGACGGCGACGUAGAAGAAGAAUCAAAAGUACCAAAAAUGAAUGAAUAAUGAUGAUGAUGGACCUGGACCAAGGGGGGGCUCUUGGAAAAGAAGCAGUAAACCAAGUGGUGUUUGAUGAUGCAUGCCUGAUGGCAGAUGUAGCCAAUAUUUUGAAACCAUCCUAGUAAUUUUCCUUUGUAGUAUUUAACUUAUCGUCAGGAUUAAUCGAGUAUGAUGGAUACUUGUUUAGCUCUCUCUUUGUUUUUAUUUUUUAUUUUUAUGGGGUGUAUGUGAUGAAUGUUUAAAAUGGUUUGGUGCUUUCUCUCAUCUUAAAAUACGCCAGCCUUUGCUUGUGUAUGAUGUGUGGUUUGGUCUGUGGUUAACUUGGCAAAACUUGGAUGGCCUCGGAGCAGGUCGAUAAAUGAAACUUUCGUGUUGUUUUCCUUCA